AUGUAAUAAGAAAAUGAAUAAAUGAAAUAUGUUAAAUUUACAAAAGAAGAUAAAGCAAUUAUAAUGAAGAGUCUUGAAGAACAACAUGUAAUCAAUAAGAGAUUUAAUCAAAUAGUUUGAAACCUUCAUCUCCUACUUUAGAAAUACUGAACUUUUAGUAGAAUGUUAAUAUAUGCUAACACACUCAUUAUAAAAAUUGGCACCAACUGAAAAUGCAGAAUUUUAGGUUGGCAAUAGACACUACUAUGUAAAAAUAACUGAUAUGAUUAAAAUAAGGAUCAACAAUGAAUGGGCAGCAUUUAUAAAAGGUCAUAUUUAUUACAGAGCCUAAGAUGUUUAAAAUUACAAAUAAGAUUUCCCUAAGCUGAAUGAAUGUACUUCCAAAGAUCUUUUUUUAACUGACCAAACAGAAUGGUUUAUAUCUACUACAUUCUUAUAAAAAAUAUAAGUCAAACCAAUAGAUGAAUAUAAUAUAUUGACUAUAGAGUUAAAUGAUGAAUAUUAUACAAGAGCAGAAUAUAAUACAUAAGAAUAAAAGUUUAAUCCUCCUAUAAGUGAAUGGAUUACAUAUUGUUUCUGCAAAAAAUUAUACAAUCCAAGAGAACACUAUAUUCAAUGCAAUUAAUGUAAUCAAUGGGUUCAUUAUAGUUGUAGUGAUAGAAGUGAUAAAGAACUCAAAAUUAUUUCUGAAUUGAAAUUCAUCUGCUUUUAAUGUGUUGAAGAAAACAAGAACAACAAAUUAAAUUUAUAGGAUAAUGAAAAUUAAGAUGGACAACUUACCAAACUUAAUACUACUAUAUAAGUAAAUAAGAAAAAAUGA